CCAUGUUCGCCACCGGCCUGGGGAGGAGAGUGAAGGGGUGCAGUGCCUGCUGGCUUCAGAGACUGGAGCCCCCUCACCCCAGCACUGCUGGGCACCGAGGAGGCCGCUGCCCUCCGCUCUCCCCAGGUCUGACCUGCGCCAGAUGUUGGCGACCAAGAGUGUGGAGAACAUCCAGUUCCUGCCCUUCCUCACCACCGAUGCCAACAACCUGAGCUGGUUGGGCUAUGGCUGCCUGAAGGGGGACGGGACAGUGAUCACCGUCAACGCCAUCGGAGCAGCUCUGCAGACCCUCUACAUCCUGGUGUAUCUCUACUACAGCCCCGCAAAGCGCCCCGUGCUGCUGCAGAUCCUGCUGCUCUUGGCUGUGGUGGUCACUGGCUAUGGCUACUUCACCGUCCUGGUUGACACGGGGACACGCCUGGCACACCUGGGGCUCUUCUGCAGCGUCUUCACCAUCAGCAUGUACCUCUCACCGCUGGCUGACCUGGCCAAGGUUGUCCGGAGCAAGUCGACGCGGUGCCUGUCCUUUCCCCUGACCGUCACCACCCUUGUGGCCUCCAGCAGCUGGACACUCUAUGGACUGCAGCUCCAUGAUCUCUACAUCACAGUCCCCAAUGUGCCAGGGAUCGUCACCAGCCUCGUGCGGUUCUGGCUCUUCCAGCGGUACAGGCCAGAGCAGGACAAGCCCUACAGCCCCCUGCCUGCCUGAGAGGUGCCCGAAGGAGCACCCCAACUCUGGCCUGGGCUGGCCCCACCGCUGAGCCCCGAGUGCCACCACUGUCCUCUGGGCCACUCGCCAUGGGACACCAGGAAGGACCUCCUGCCUCCAGCCCUGCAUCCUUCAGCAAAGGCCCCAGAGCUCUCGGCAAAGCCUUUGGGGUGCCAUAAGCUCCUCAAAUCCCAGGGUGGGAGGACAGUUUUCCAUGCCCAUGGCCCUGCCUGGCAUCGGGAUGGGGCUUUCCAGGGGUCCACGUGUCAUUUUUGUAUGGAUUCAAGUGCCUUUUAAUAAAUCAGAGACUUC